AUGGCUUCUUUUAACGGUCAUAUUAGCGUUGCCGCCGUCGAAACCGAGGGAAAGAAGCGUAAAUGGCACGGAUCGGUGAGUGGGAUAGUUGAUUCACUCCUUGACAAGGUUUGGACAAUUGUUUCUCAAUCAAAAAGGUUAUCACAAUGGAUGCCGAUGGUCGAGCAGUGCAUAGACUUAGUAGGGGACGAAGGUGUUCCUGGGUACGUUCGUCUAGUUUCUGGCUUCAUGUUCCCUCAACAAGAUGGAGAAAGGUCGUGGAUAAAAGAGAGGUUGGUCACAAUGGACUCGACAUCACAUAGUUAUGUAUACAAAAUGGAAGCAAGCAAUGUGGGAUUAGAUGGAUCUAUAAAUUCCUUGAAACUUAUAGAUUAUGGAGAUGGGUCAACAUUGGUCAAUUGGUCAUUUGAGAUUGAUCCUUUAGAAGGUACAUUUGAGGAUAACAUCAUUGAUUAUCUUGGAUUUCUCUAUAAAUCUUGUAUUAAUAGAAUCCAAGGUGCCAUUGAAGAUGCUAACAAGAAAGUGUAUGAAACUUGUUGA